AUGGUCCUAGAACGACAUGGCCAUGAGUUUAACAUGGACAAUGCCCGCCUCCUUGGGGAGAGUAUCCAAAUGCCAUUUUCAAAGCGAAUUGCGCAAACACGGUUUCUCAAGGCCGAUGCGAAAGACCUAUCAAAACGGGGGGUACCAUCAGACCGCUUAAUAGGAUUGUAUGAAAAGUGGGGACAGGGAGGGUAUGGGAUUAUCAUCACAGGAAACGUCAUGCUUCACCCCGAAGAGCUCGAAGCACCCGGAAACGCGAUACUGUAUGCGCCGCAUGAGACCCCAGAAAGCAUAGAACAAUUCUGUCGAAUGGCCACUGCGGGAAAAUCAGGCGGGAAUCUGAUGAUAAUGCAGAUAUCCCACCCUGGUCACCAGGUUCCGGCGUUCAUCAACCCAAAUCCUCUAGGUGCAAGCGAUAUAAAACUCAAGGACCAAGUCGUGCUUGUAGAUUGUAUGGACCGAAUCUACGCAAAGCCUACUCCUUUAGAUAAGGCAGGAAUCCUAGAAAUAGUUGAUCAGUACUCUUAUACCGCCGAAGUAGCUUAUUUUGUUGGUUUCGAUCGGGUCCAGCUGCAUGGGGCUCAUGGAUAUCUGAUUGCACAGUUCCUGUCUCGGACAACAAAUAACCGUACAGAUGAAUAUGGCGGGACAAUUAGAGAUCGUGCUCGUAUUAUUGGAGAUAUAAUUCGAGGAAUUCGAUCGAAGGUGACGGAUCCUAGCUUUGUAAUCGGCAUUAAGAUCAAUAGCGUAGAGUUUCAAGCAAAAGGGUUUCAGCCAGAAGAAGCCGCAGAGCUAUGCAAAGAGCUAGAAACAAUGCGAAUAGACUUUGUCGAACUCAGCGGAGGAACAUAUGAGGAGCUUGGAUGGAACCAUGGAGAGAGAGAGAGCACCAAGAAACGUGAGGCAUUCUUUGCCAUGUUCGCCAAAGAUAUCACGCCUCGACUUAACAGAACAGUGUCUUAUCUAACUGGCGGUUUCCGUUCUGCAUCCGGAAUGGCAGAUGCCAUCGAAUCGGGCAUAUCCCAUGGUAUUGGUGUUGCUCGUCCGGUGGGCUCAGAUCCAGUGAUACCCGCUGAAGUGAUAGACGGAUGUAUUAGUGGAGCGACGUAUGUUAGGUUACCAUCAGAAGACAUAAUCACGACAAUCCUAGCAACAGGAGUGCAGAUGGAAUCCAUGGCUUGUGGAAUACCAAUCAUCGAUCUAUCGGAUCCCGAAGAGGUUUUGCGCUUCAAAGAUGCAACACAACGUCAUCAUAAAGAAAACGGGGAGAAACUUUUGCAAGGCAUUAUAGAUCCGGGUUAUUUUGUUCUGGGACCGCUUGACAAGAAAAUUGGUUGUGGCCUGUGA